AUGGCAUCGCUUCCUCCACGACAGGUCAACACUCGCAGAACGCGAUCCUCCACCUCCAAUUACAGUUCGCCCAGCACACAAGACCACGGCGAAUCAGACACCACAUAUAAUGACCACGAAACAGUAAGCAGCGUAGAGUCUUCGGAUGAUGUGUUUCUCAACCGCUCCUCUUCAGUCGAAACCGCCGAUAUUACGCCGCCACCCACCCGGACAGAAACAGCGGAGCAGGAGAAUAACAAUAACACGCAUGCGCAAGAUGCCAGGCACGCACGAGCACAGACAGAGGAAUUGUCGACGGCAGAGGAGCCUCGAAAGUGCUGGAUCUGCUACACCGAUGAGACCGAGGACUCGCCACACAACGUCGACUGGCGCUCUCCCUGCCCGUGUGCGUUGACCGCGCAUGAGGCCUGUCUGUUGGAUUGGCUCGCCGAGCUUGAAAAUCCCCGGUCUCGCAAACGCAGCGGUGGGCCCUCGAAAAUGCAAUGUCCGCAGUGCAAAUCAGAGAUAGUCAUUUCGCGACCGCGCAGUUACGUUGUCGAUUUCGUUCGAGCCUGUGAGAAGCUUGCUGGGAAGUUGGUUCUGCCUGGGCUUGUCUUUACAUUUGCGGGCACUCUGUGGGCUGGAUGCUGUGCACAUGGAGUGUACUCGAUAUAUCUCGUGUUCGGUACGGACGACGCGCAACGGAUCUUCGACCACGGAACCGAUCACACAUGGAGUCCUGCUCGCAACGUGGGGAUUCCAUUUAUCCCUCUAGUACUCGUCUUUUCGCGCUUCCGAUGGGCUGAAGGUGUUCUUCCUGCCAUCCCAGUUCUAUUAUUCGCAACCCACAACCAAGGCGACCUCGAGCCCCAAGGCUCUCUAUGGCCACCUAGCGCAGCUAUGACAUUUGCAGCGUUGCCCUACGUCAAGAGUAUCUACGGUGCCCUAUAUGAGCGAAUGUUUGGCAAACUUGAGCGCAAAUGGCUGGCCGAAAUCCAACCUCGCAGUGGAGAAGGCGAAAACCGUCAAGACGAUGACCAGGGAGGUGGCCAGCAGGGAGCGCUGGGAGUUGGCAACGGCGGCAUCCUGAUGGAAUUCGACUUGGAAUUGCAAAUCGGUGUCGACGAAGAACGAGACGAUCAAGGUAUGGGUGCUGCUGCGCCGGCUGGCAAUGAGAACCAAGCCAAUAACCCGCAAGACGGUGCCGCGCAAGAUGGCCAGAACCAAGAGCAGCAAGUCCUAGGCCGACGUCGGCAAGAUCUUAUCCAAGAUACAAGCAACUUUGCAGACACUAUCCUGGGGGCAUUGUUGUUCCCGGCAAUAUCGGCCGGUAUGGGCGGGCUGUUGAAACUGGCGCUGCCUAAAACAUGGACAACGCCACCAUCUGUACUUGAAAGAGGCAGGGUUGGGAUUUUGCAAAGCCGAUGGGGUCGCAGUGUCAUUGGAGGGUGCCUCUUUGUUCUGUUAAAGGACGCGUUGGUGCUCUACUGCCGCUGGAGACUUGCCCAGACGCAUCGCAAACGACGUGUGUUGAAUUAUGAUCGACAGAAGAAGAAAGUUGUAUGA